CGUAACUUUUCCAAACAGUGCAGCUAGCUUUGUAUAUCAAAAUGGCAACUUCCGGUUCAAAAAUUUCAGAAAUUUCUGAGCAAUUAGAUGGAAAUGUUAACCAGAAGAAAUAUCUAGCGUUGAAAAAGAAGUGUGAACAAUGUCAAUUGAAAAAUGAAAAGUUGGUUAAUCGAAUUUACCAGUGUAAAAGACUUGUAAAAAGAUACAAAAAGGAAAGAAGGUUUCUCACCAAGAGAUUAGAGAGCUAUGGAGACAAUUACAAAGAUGCACAGGUGCCAGCUGUUUGGGAGGAAAGUCAACUUCAUCAGUUGUUACAACCUCCCCCACCCUAUAACAAUAGUUCGUCCUCGAAUUCAACUAAAAAGAUCAAGUCCAAACCACAAACAAUACAGCAGAGACUUGCUAAAGCUCAAAAUGCAAAAAUUGCCAAAAGUAAAUCGGAUCUUCCACCUAGUGCACCAAAUUCAUCUCCACCAAAACAAACACUGCCAGUAAAAUCUGGCGGAUCACAAAGUAUUAAGACUUUAAUUGCGCAACAAGCAGCUCAAAACAGUGUCCCAGCUAGUGGAGGAAUCACAUCCCAUGUGGUUGAAAAGAUAAAGAAAGAACAAGAUAUUGCAGUGCGGAGAGCUGGAAAUGCCUUUGUGAUAUUCUGUCAGCAGUAUCAGAAACCAAUACAGGAGAAAUUUUUCAAAGACAAUCAAAGGGAUAUGAACCAGCAGGAGUUGGGGGAAACCUUGGCUGAAAUGUGGUCUAAAACACCAGAAAAUGAAAAACAGAUUUACCUGGAGUUGUAUGAAGCCCAGAAGGCUCAGAGGGCAGUGAAGUUAGACCAAGAGAAACGUGACAAACAAAUGGCAGCAGUAAAAAUACAACAAGUGAAAGAAUCAAAUGAACUGAACGCUGCCAUAUCUGGCAUUCCUUCAUAGCAGUACUGUAUCCCAAUCAAGGAUUAUUGCCACAUUCAUUGGACACAAAUUGCAGAAUUCUGGUACUUGCCACAAAAGCAAGUCAUGUUGACAUAAUUAUGAGCAAUUCAUUUCACCAUAUAUCACAUCUAUAACAUCUAAAUUCAAUAUGACAUUGAAUAAGGGGAGCAAUUUGAUCAAUUUUUCUUGCUAGACUGAGGAUUACAAAUUGCAUGGUGUAGUUAAUUUAAACACGGGCUUUCAAUAGGGAAAGCCCAUGUUUAAACAAAAAUUACUACAACAUGUAAGCAGUACCAUUUCUUUAAGGUGAGUGUGCCGUGGGAUGACUUUUGGAUGGGUUUUAAGAAGUAC